UUUAUUAUCAAGCACAGUGUUGGGAGUAUAUAAAAGAUGAAUCACAGAGGUGAACUUCCUCAGUCUGGUAUUUACCUGGUGACUUUUAACGUUUAGCACAGAUGUAUGUGUUAUUGUCUCUCGCACUUCCACUGCUGGUGCAGUCCCAAAUUAUUGACCAGGUUUUCCUGCCGAUAGACUGUCAGGACAUUUUCAAUAACGGCUCCAUCCACAGUGGAGUUUACACCAUCUACCCUGGAGGACCUAAGAGCCCAUUGCAGGUGUACUGUGAUAUGGGCUGUGCUGAAAAUGAUGGCCCGCAGGAAGGGAAAUGGACGGUUUUUCAGAGGAGAAUGGAUGGCACUGUGAACUUCUACCGGCCAUGGGAGCAGUAUAGGAAUGGAUUUGGAGAUGCCAGUGGUGAAUACUGGCUAGGUCUUGAGAACCUGUGUCUCAUGACAUCGAGAGAGAAGCAUGAACUGAGGGUGGACAUGGAAGAUUUUGAACACUCUAAAGUCUACACCAUAUACUCUUCUUUCUACGUCGCUCCUGAUUCAGAGAGGUACAAGCUACAUGUCAACGGAUACAUCGAUGGAGGUGGAGGAGACUCUCUAUCAUAUCACAACGGGAAACAGUUUGCAACUUUCGACAAAGACAUCAACAACUGUGCAUUGACAUAUGAAGGAGGAUUUUGGUUUGACAACUGCCACCAUGCCAACCCCAAUGGUGUGUACAAAUGGGGAAGUGGGGUACCUGCAGCUACAGGUGUUUACUGGUACCAUUGGAAAGGUUACUACUACUCACUAAAGUCUAUAGUGAUGAAGAUGAGACGUGUAGUUUUGGCAGCUUGAGCUUAGAUUCAUGAAUGUAUUGUGUGUGUGUGUGUGUGUGUGUGUGUGUGUGUGUGUGUGUGUGUGUGUGUGUGUGUAUAUUUAUAUAUACACAAAAUCAAAACCUAGUUAUAGUAAAUGUCUAAUUUAGGACGAUUGUAUACUACAAAGCAUGAUUCCAGAGAUAUCCAAUAAAUUAAUUUGACUAAUUUGAUUACCAAAAUUGUGUGAUGUUUCAUUUCACAAUUAUAAUUCUAUGAACAAAUGUGCCAGUGAUGUGGUCAGGAUAAGAGUAGAGUAUGAGUAUAGUUUGUUGAGUGUGGAAGAAUAACUACACUAGCAUUGUGGAAAAAUGGCUUCCGACGUCAAACAGUGUACACUUUAAGGAAAGUGUUAACAAGUGAAUGCCAACAUCAGGUAAGCGAGUUACAUGUCCAAGGGGCUGCAUGUAAACGAAGACAAUUAAGGGACCUAGAACGGAACCUUGUGGGACACCGUGUUGUACUUUCUAAACUCAAAUAUCAAUUUAUGCACAAUAAGAUCUAAACAAGAUCUAAUCUGUCUAAUAUAAAGUGUUUUCAAACAUGUCCAAUAAAAUAUCAUGGUCAGUAGGUCACUAAGUUUGUCGCAGUGUCAUGGUUAGUCGGUGUAUGAUCUGACCAUUAUCUCACAUUUGUCUUUUUUACAGAUUAAAAUUAUUUUCUGUCUAUUUUCUUUUUUUUACCCGAUCAAGUUCGGUUCUCCUCCCUUUUGUGUCCGGGCUGGUUCUCAAAACUCUCUUUCUAAAAACAAAUAACAAUUAAGAGGAUUGGUUUUUUUUGUUUCCUUUUGUUUUUUGCUGUAUACACAAAGAUGUGCAAAUUGACUUUUGUACCAGGAUUUCAUUAUUAAAAAACUUUCCUUCAAUUUU